AUGACCCGAUACAAGAGCACUUCCCUCUACGGUGGCGCUCUGGUCUCUGACCUGCCUGAAAAGUUCGCAGACGUCAGCAAACUUCGUGAGGUCCCCGACAACCAGGAGGUUUGGAUCGACUCGGACGGCUUCACGAGCAUCAUUUUCGACAUCACGGAGCGCGUCGGCCCAGCAGGGAGCAGCCCCGAGAUUGACGGACGCGCCAUGACGACCCAUCUCGAGGAGCUCGUCGGCGAAGAUAUCGACACCGUCAAGGUGUGGAACACGACUGAGACAUCGUUCUCAAGGCUCAGCCCCGACGUUCCCGCUUACACCCUUAUCGCGACCCAGACCCCCCAUGCCCAGUCCGGCUCCAAGUCCGGUUCGUCGGCCCCCGACUUCACGGCCAUCAUCCUGACAUUGCUCCGCCUCGAGAAGGAGUCAACCGACAUCCUCGUUACCAUCAACGUGCCGCAUAUCAAGGGCGAGUACGAUGAGGCCGACGUCGACCUCGAGCUUGGCAAGCAGGGCAAACUCAUUGGUGAUGCCGUUGAGUACGCUGCUCGUAUUUGGGAGACCUUCAAGGUCAAGGACUGGACGCUGUUCCAAGAGGUUUAA